AUGAGAGGGGGGAGUGUGGGCCCUGUGCCACCUGAUGUCAGUGGAUCCCCAGACUAUGAUGAUGAUGGGGGCCAGACUGAGGCACAGUCAGGGGGUGCACAGGUUGAAUAUGACACAAAGGUUGACAUACAGCCAUCCCCUGCAUUUCCAUCAGACAAAGCCAGUAGGCCAACUCCUAUCUACUCCACUGAGCCCACAGAUGUUGGACCGGUGUUGGGCAUGGACAUUGAUCAGGGAAGUGUGGCUUCAGUGCCUAUUGAAUCUGUUCAUAGCCAAAGUGUGGGCAAGGAUAAGUUAUAUGCUGCCAUUUGCAUUUUGUUAACCAGUCUAAGAGAACACUGGGAACAGAAGAAAAGUCAGAAGCCAGAAUCCUUAGACAUUUUGGAAAGUGCUCAUAAUUUUGAGCAACAUAUUAGAUCAGAGUUCUGCAACCUGCAUCAGCUUUUCUUUGACAAGGAAAAACAACUAAUCCAAGAGGUGAAGGAGGAAGCAAAAGGAAUUACUGGAGAGACUGGUACCCCUGCAAUGUGGGCACCAGACUUUGAAUUUCAACAGAAUAUUAUAGAGAGAAAGCAUUUUAUAGAAGAAAGUGUUCAGACCUUUGAGCAGCAUAUUAGCUCAGAAUUCUGUGAUCUGCAUCAACUUUUCUUAGACAAGGAAGAGCAACUGAUUCAAGAGGUAAAGGAGGAAGCAGAAAGAGCUGGAGAGAUUCCUUCCACUGCAGUGUGGAAACCAGACUAUUUUUCUCAACAUUUUACUAAAGAGUGCAUCUCUUUUGUAGAAGAAAUGUUUAAAGAAUUUGAGAGGUGUAAAAAGGAAGUGCAAGAGGCAGAGGAACGUGGAGAUAAUGUUAGCUUGAUUGCUCCUAAGAUGUUGGCUAAGCUUCCCUUUUAUGAGAGCGAUACAAUGGCAGUAAAACCCCCUGUUGAUCCAGAGCCUGUGUUCAUGGAACCCUUUAUGGCAAAUUCAGCAUUCUCUCUGCCUGAAGAAUGGAAGAGCCUGAAAUAUAAUGACAUAAGACAGCAUCUCCCAAAAGAUAUUCGAAUAUAUAAGGGUCAAAUUUUUGUACUGGGAUCCAAGGGAUUCACAUCAGGGAAACAUUGCUGGGAAGUGGAUGUGAGCAGUCUUGAUGACUGGUAUGUGGGUAUAAUUGAUGCGCCAUAUAACAAGAGGGGGAAAUUUUUUGUGGACAAUAGGAUUGGAUAUGGAAGUUCAAUGUUCAGGGUGAUGUAUAACCAUAAUAUUCUUCUGAUGCACAAAGAUGCAAGAGAAAUUGGUGUAAAUAAAGUAAUCAAAAAAAUUCUGACAUACCUGGACUAUGAUGGAGGACAGCUGUCAUUCUACAACUCUGUUGACAUGUCAUGCAUUUAUACGUUGACCGAUGUUUUUACUAAAAAGGUUUACCCAGUUUUUAGUCCUGGUCCUAAAUAUCAGGUAAAAUAUCCAAGACGUCGGAAACAUUUAUGGUGAAAAUGAAACCUAACCUGUGGCCCAUAAUGACUUCAUUCAGGGAAAUUAUGUAACACUGAGAUUUUUUGCAGGCAACAAGUGUUUAAAUGUGCAAAUGGAAAUUUUAAGUAUUAAUUCAACUUCACACUCAAGACUAAGACAAUACAAGUGAGGCUUAUGUAAUACUUACAAUCAUAGAAGGUAUAUGGCUUCUCUUGUACUAUUGUUUUUGUUGCAUAGUUAUCGAAUAAGGAAUCUCUUUUUUCAUUUGUUUGUUUGUUUUGACUAGAUAAAUGCAUAAAGCACAAGUACCUCAUCACUUCCUGAUUAAGUCACUUGCUCAGAGUCACACAGAAAGCAAAUGGACACAGAGGGAAUCAUACCUAAGACUGCAGGAUUGUUUCAGUAAUAACCAGAUGAAGUUCCAGACCAAAUUUAAAAAAAAAGCUCAUUUCAUCACAUUUAGUGGUCGUGUCACUUCUUACCACUUGCUAUGAGUGUUGUAUGGAUCAUGGUAGUGCAAAAUCUAGUUAAAAGGCCAAUGUGACAUUUGUCCCUCAUACUGGAUGAAGCUCAUAAUCUGUUUAUAACCUUAAUCCUCUGCAUGAAACUGCAUUAAGGCUGUGUUUUAAUGCCUUAGUACACUUUUAGUUGCAAAUAUUUUAUUGGCAGAAUAAUAAUAUUAGAACAUGCAUGGUUUGUAAAACAGAACUAAAAAAUAAUUUAGUAAAGUAAUUUGCUCCUUAAAUGUGUGCUCACUUAAUGAACGAGAGGGAUGCUUUCAUUAGGACAGAAUUUUAAAUUAGUAUUUGGAACUAAAAAGUGAUCUAUUGGCAUUAUAGUGACAGCUCACAGUUUUGUAAUGGUAAAAGAAAGCUGAUAUUUAUUCAUGGUCUGAAAAGAUAGAUCAGAUGUUGUCAAUCUUCAUUUAUCCUAGACAUAUGGGAUUUGGUUCCAAUUCUCGGAACUGGCUCGGCCGUUACAACAUCUUGCACAAACUAAAAACUCCUGAGCCAAGUUCCUACACAGAAUGCCAGUCUCUAAAUUACCUCAGAUCUCAUUUGCCACUCUUCUUGUAAAGAUGUUUCAGCCAAACUCUCCUUGAGCUAAAUAAAAAUUUAUUGUUUAUUCAACUGCUAUUACAGUUUUUCUAAAGUUUCUUUUUCUCCUACCCAGUUAGUGUUAUGUGUAUCCUU